AUGCAGCCCCAGAUCGAGCAGCAGCUAGCAUAUCUGCUCCUGGUCGAGUUGUUGGCACAUCAAUUCGCAUCGCCGGUCCAAUGGAUCAAAACACAAGACAUCCUUCUCAAAGACUUCAAUGUCGAGAGAUUCAUUGAGAUUGGCCCAGCCGACACCCUCACAGGAAUGCUGAAGAAGACAGUGUCUCUUCACUUCAAGUCUCAUGAUGCGGCUCGUCAUAUGACGCGGCGAUUCCUAUCGUACGCGCAAAAUGCACAAGAAAUCCACUAUCUGCUUUCAUCGGCACCAACGACUCCCAGUGAGACCCACAGAAGUCAAAAAAGCACAAGCCCUGUGGUAUCAACGAAGCCCGCGGCUGGACCGGCUUCAAUCACACAGGCAACUGCAAGCGUGGUUGCACCAGAAGCCGCAGCGACAGUGAGGGUCUCAGCGCAAGUGACCAAUGUCGCCCCAAUCUCAGAUGCACCGACCCCCGCUGGCGAAAUUCUUCUAGCCAUUGUCGGCAGCAAGUUACGAAAGCAUCACAGCGAAGUCCCAGCACAGCAGAGUAUCAAGGCUUUGGCGAGUGGUCGAUCAACGAUGGAGAAUGAGAUCGUUGGUGACCUUGAUGCGGAAUUCGGUAGUCUCCCAGAGAAGCCUGAGGAUAUUGCUCUCGAGCAACUGGGGGGCAUGCUGGAAUCGGCACCGUCAUUCUCUGGCCAGCUGCGAAAAGUAUCGAAUGGCUUGAUCUCAAAAUUCUUUGCCCAAAAGCUGCCAGCAGGAUUCGCGAGUGGAGAGGUUCGCAACUAUAUUCAGACUCGAUGGGGUCUUGGCGAAGGCCGUCAGAAUGCUGUUCUUCUUAGAGCAAGCACCACGCAAAGCUCGUCGCGACUCGGGGGAACAAAGGAGGCGGAGGCGUUCUUCGAUGAAGUUGUCCAGCAGUACACGAAAGAUAACGGAAUCGAUCUUUCGGCUGCUUCUCAAGGUGCGACAACCGCAGUCGCCGUUGCGUCACCGUUCGAUAGCGCGGCAUUGGGAGCAGUCGUCAAAGAUCAGGAUGAUUUGAAGAGAUCCUUGAUGGAACUUUACGCACGGCUAUUGGGCAAGAAUCUACGUCAAGAUGCCCAGGAAGCAUUGAAAGCGCACCUGGCAACUGCUGAACUUCAAAGCCAACUCGACGACAUCACCGCCGAGGUGGGCGACUUCUUCCUAGCAGGAAUCCGCCCCCUCUGGUCAGCAGCGAAAGUUCGACGUUUCCAUUCAAGCUGGAAUUGGGUUUUGCAAGAUGCCCUUGACCUCUUCCAUCGCGUAUUGCGCAAUGACCUCCCCGACGCCAACCUCGCAAAGUAUGGCAACGCCGUCGCAAACAGAUCCAGUCCUCGUCUUCUCAGCAUGAUGAAAUAUCUGGCGAACAGUGAAUCCCUGAUCUGGGGACCCCGCGUGUCCGAAGCCAAGGCCGCCAUGCACCGCCUCUUGGUCCGGUGCGAGACAGCCCGCGAGCCCAUCUUCGAGCCCUUGGCUGCCAACUUCGAUGCCUUCAUCAACGGGCCCAGUACAGAGGUGGACGACGAUGGAAACAUCAAAUACUCCGAGGUUCCUCGCGGAGAUACACCUACCAUUGCACCGAUCAAAAUUGCAACUCGCGCCCAGGCCUCCUGGAAGAUCGAUCAACCGCUGACCACAAUGUACAAAGAUCAGGUUCAGUCGUCGUGGACGGAGGGCGUUACCUUCCGGAACAAGUAUGUCUUGAUGACAGGCGUCAGCCCCGGAUCGAUCAAUGCCGACGUCCUGAAGGGUCUGCUGAGUGGUGGCGCAAAGGUUGUCGUCACGACCAGUAGCUACUCCUCGGCCACUUCACGCUUCUAUCAGAAUCUUUAUGUCGAGUGCGGAGCGCGGGGGUCUGAAUUGAUCGUUGCACCGUUCAACCAAGGCAGCCAACAAGAUUUGGAUGGUCUUGUGGAAUUCGUAUUCUCUGACGCUGGACUUGGAUGGGAUCUAGACCACGUCAUCCCUUUCGCCGCGAUCUCGGAAGUAGGCCGUGAGAUCGAUGGCAUCGACUCCCGGUCAGAGCUUGCUCAUCGCAUCAUGCUCACUAACACCUUGCGUCUGCUGGGUGCAAUCAAAAAGAAGAAGCAGGCUCGUGGAUACCGCACUCGUCCUACUCAAGUCAUUCUUCCUCUUUCUCCCAAUCAUGGCGCAUUCGGUAAUGACGGCUUAUACGGCGAGUCAAAGGUUGCUCUUGAGACUCUGUUCGACAAGUGGCAUUCCGAAAGUUGGUCUGCAUAUCUUUCGAUCUGCGGUGCGGUCAUUGGCUGGACUCGCGGCACUGGUCUCAUGGCGGAUAAUAAUAUCGUCGCUGCGGGCAUCGAAUGUCAUGGGGUGCAGACAUUUUCAACAACCGAGAUGGCAGCGUACAUCCUCGUAUUGCUCACGCGGAAGUUCGCCAGUCAAUGCAACAUUCGACCUUUGUAUGCUGAUUUGACUGGAGGACUCAAUACUAUGGACCAUCUCAAAGCCACUUUGGAUCAAAUCCGACGGGAUAUACUAGAUCAGAGCACCCUGCGUCGGAACCUCGCCAAGGAGAGAGAGGCCGAGGAGAAGCUGGGGGUUUUGGGACAGUCUGCCAAGAAGGAUGAGACAGCUGGACCACCCCUCGCAAAUAUCCACUUCACUUUCCCCAAGCUCCCGAAUGAAGACGCCGAGAUUAAGCCGUUGAGAGAGACACUGCUUGGGAUGGCGAACCUGGACCGUGUUGUUGUCGUGACUGGCUUCUCUGAGGUUGGACCAUUUGGUAACGCCCGGACUCGAUGGCAAAUGGAGGCUACCGGCCGUCUCUCCUUGGAAGGAUGCGUGGAGAUGGCUUGGAUGAUGGGUCUUAUCAAGCACCACAACGGCCUGUUGGACGGUAAGCACUACACUGGCUGGAUCGACACCAAGACCCAGAAACCUGUGCAAGACCUCGAUGUCAAGGCUCGUUAUGAGGAACAUAUCCUCGCGCAUACCGGUAUCCGCUUGAUCGACACAAGCCUCGAUUCCCACGAGCCCAGCAAGCGACCUCUUUUGCAAGAGAUUGUGCUAGAGGAGGACUUGCCGCGCUUCGAAGUCUCGCAUGAAGUGGCGCAGCAACUUCUUCACGAGCAUGGAGAAACUCGCGUUGACUUCUUGCCGCAAGGCGAUCGAUGCGUGGUGAGCCUUAAAAGGGGUGCUGUUUUGAUGGUCCCUAAGGCUUUGAACUAUGGACAUGCAGUGGCAGGGUUGGUCCCAACAGGAUGGGAUGCACGCACAUACGGCAUUCCUGACGACAUUGUCAGCCAAGUCGACCGAGGAACUUUGUUCACUCUAGUGAGCACGAUUGAAGCCUUGAUUGCCUCUGGUAUCACCGACCCGUACGAACUAUAUCAGUAUAUCCAUGUCUCCGAAUUCGGAAACUGUAUUGGAUCUGGCGUCGGCGGUAUGCAGUCGUUGAAGAUGAUGUUCCAAGAUCGAUACCUGGACAAAGAAGUUCAGAAGGAUAUCCUUCAGGAAACAUUCAUCAAUACGACCGCCGCUUGGGUCAACAUGCUGCUGCUCUCCUCAUCUGGCCCCAUUCGCACGGCAGUUGGUGCCUGCGCGACCUCAGUCGAAUCCUUGGAAACAGGAUACGAGACCAUUGCCACCGGCCGCGCUAAGAUCUGUCUCGUGGGAGGGUAUGAUGAUAUGACGCAGACUAUUGCCGAAGAAUUUGCAAACAUGAAAGCCACCACUGAUGCCGCUGGGGAAGCCAAGAAAGGCCGACUCCCCCACGAGAUGUCCCGCCCUUCGGCGGAGAGCCGCAGUGGGUUUGUCGAAGCGCAAGGAAGCGGCAUUCAAGUGAUCGCGUCGGCGCAGUUGGCGCUAGACCUUGGAUUGCCGAUUCAGGGCAUUGUCGCUUGGGUAGGUACCGCCAGUGACAAGAUCGGCCGGUCGGUGCCGGCCCCUGGUCAGGGCAUUUUGACCAAUGCUCGCGAGCAGCCGGGCGGUCGAUUCCCCUCACCCCUUCUCGACGUGCGAUACCGCAAACGUCGUCUGGCGGCUCGCUUUGCUCAGAUCCAAGAGUCGAUUGACCUGGAGGUUCAGAGUAUGAGCACAGAGCUCAGCGAUGAGGCUGGCGCCAUCCCCGAUACUCACCGAGAGGAAUACGAGCAUCAUCUGAGCUUCGUUCGUCAAGAAGCUGAACGCCAACGCAAAGAGGCCUUAAAUCUGUUUGGCAAUGACUUCUGGAAGAAUCAGGACUCAAUCUCGCCUAUUCGAGGCGCUCUCGCGGUCUUUGGCCUCAACGUGGAUGAUCUGGACUUUGUCACCUUGCAUGGCACCAGCACCGUCAUGAACGACAAGAAUGAACCUGCGGUUCUCGAAUCGCAGAUGAGACAUCUCGGUCGGACACCGGGCAAUCCCCUGUUUGCUAUCUCGCAAAAGUACCUAACAGGCCAUCCCAAGGGUGCUGCCGGUGCGUGGAUGCUCAACGGGGGUCUGCAGGUGCUGGACAGUGGCCUGAUCCCUGGGAACCGUAACCUCGACAGUGUGGACGAUCAACUCGAGAAGAAUGAGUACAUUGUUUAUCCCAACCACAGCAUUCAGACCGGGGGUCUCAAAGCGUUCUCUCUGACAUCCUUUGGGUUUGGCCAGAAGGGAGCCCAGGCAAUUGUGGUGCACCCGCGAUAUCUGUAUGCCAUGGUGGAGGCGCAGGAGUAUGAAAGGUACCGCGCUCGGCGGCUGACGCGGUACCGGAAAGCGUUCCGCUUCUUCCACCGCGGGCUCAUGACCAACGCAAUGUUUGUGCCCAAGACGGAGGCGCCGUAUUCGCCCGCCCAGCAGAAUGCGGUUCUGCUGAAUCCCACCGCCCGCGCAGCCGCCUCGACGGGCUCCGCGAUUCAGUAUGCGUUUGGUUCGUAA